GACUUGGCCACAACUCACGUACAUGCAUUUGGACACUUAGUCAGGAUGGCGCAGUUCCACUUGCUGGACCCUCACUACGACGAGCACCACAGGGGCCGUCUCACCGCAGAGGGAGAGGUGUUGCCCGUUCUGCGGGUCCGGACCCACGACCGGUUUCUGGAGGAGAUGAGGUACGAUGAGAGGUACACUCCUCUCCUACAGAGGGCUGGCUUGGACGUCUUAUCGUACCAGGUCCGCCGUGGGCUGCCCACUUUCAACCCAGCGGCGUUGACGGCUCUGGUCGACAGGUGGCGGCCAGAGACUCACACUUUCCACCUUCCCUGCGGUGAGAUGACUGUGACGCUUGAAGAUUGCCAGAAGAUUCUUGGUCUCAGCAUUAUGGGUCGUCCAGUGACCGGUCAGGCAUCACCAGGCGGUUGGAGGCAGAGGGUGGAGGCCUUUCUUGGGAGACUGCUUCCGGAUGAGCUACGAGGUAGCCACAACACCGGAGUCCCACUGACCUGGCUUAGGCAGAGCUUUGGGCAGUGUCCACCUGGUGCAGAUGAGCAGACAGUUGGAUACCAUUGUCGAGCUUGGAUUCUCCAUCUCUUUGACGAGAACCUCUACCUCAUGAGGUGUCCCCUCAUCUGUUUUUAUGCUGUUGAGUACCACUUGCCCCACAGAGUUGCUCGACAGUUCGGAUUGCGCCAGGAGUUUCCGGUGGAGCCAUUCUCGACUUCAAUAGAACUUCAUAAGUUCGACAGACAGAGACAGAAGAAGGUCACGGACUUCGAGACGCACCAUCGUGAUUACAUUGAUGAAUGGGACCAGCAGGGGGAUCUGAACUAUGAGAAUGACCAGGCGCACACAAACUACAACUUCCGGAGCUGA